AUGGUUGAAGUCCACGAUUACACCAAGGCUCUGGAGGUGCUCAAAGAGUAUCCUUCUGGAGAUGGCCUCCACGUCGAUACCCUUCUCGACUCGGACAGCCAUGGAGCCUUGACUUAUAAUGACUUCCUCGUCCUCCCCGGCUCUAUCACUUUCCCAGUGUCGGAGGUUUCUUUGGAUACCAAAGUAACCAGGCGGUUCACCAUCAAGGCUCCCCUCUUGUCUUCUCCUAUGGACACCGUCACUGAGCACAAAAUGGCUAUCCAUAUGGCUCUUUUGGGUGGUCUGGGCGUUAUUCACAAUAACUGCCCGCCAGAUGAGCAAGCUGAAAUGGUGAGAAAGGUGAAACGCUAUGAAAAUGGCUUCAUCUUGGACCCUGUUGUUCUGUCUCCAACGACGACUGUCGAAGAGGCAAAAGAGCUAAAGGUCAAAUGGGGAUUUGGCGGGUUCCCGGUGACUGAAAAGGGAACCCUCCACUCGAAGCUUCUUGGAAUUGUCACCAAUAGAGACAUCCAGUUCCACAAGACGCCCGGGGAACCCGUCACAGCCGUUAUGACAACCGACCUCGUCACUGCGCCGGCAGGCACCACACUUUCCGAAGCCAACGAGGUUCUCCGGAGCUCGAAGAAAGGCAAGCUGCCAAUUGUGGACAAGCACGGAUGCUUGAUUUCACUGCUCUCCCGGAGUGACUUGAGGAAAAACAUUCAUUUCCCCCUGGCAUCAAAACUGCCAUCCAAGCAGCUACUCUGCGCAGCAGCCGUGAGCACCCAUGACGCGGACAAGGUCCGACUUCAAAAGCUCGUCGAAGCGGGACUGGACAUUGUCGUUGUGGACAGUAGCCAGGGACACAGCACGUACCAGAUCAACAUGGUUAAAUACAUCAAGGAGACCUUCCCCAAUAUUGACGUUAUCGCGGGUAAUAUCGUCACCCGGGAGCAAGCCGCGGCGUUGAUUGCUGCGGGUGCAGAUGGUCUGCGCAUUGGUAUGGGCAGUGGUUCCGCUUGCAUCACGCAGGAGGUUAUGGCCGUUGGACGUCCCCAGGCUGCAGCUGUUCGCAGUGUGUCUGUCUUUGCUGCCCGAUUUGGCGUUCCUACUAUUGCGGAUGGUGGUGUCCAGAACCUGGGCCAUAUUGUGAAAGGGCUUGCCUUAGGCGCCUCGGCUGUGAUGAUGGGAAGUCUGCUCGCUGGUACCACAGAGUCUCCUGGUGAAUACUUUGUGAGCAAUGAAGGUCAGCUGGUUAAGGCUUUCCGUGGUAUGGGUAGUAUUGCGGUCAUGGAGGACAAGAGCAAGAGUGCCGGCGGCAAGAACGCCGGUGCUUCGCGUUACUUCUCCGAGAAUGAUAAGGUUAAGGUUGCACAGGGUGUUGCGGGCUCUGUUAUCGAUCGUGGCUCUAUCACUCAGUACGUCCCUUACCUUAUUGCUGGUGUGCAGCAUUCUCUCCAGGAUAUCGGAGUCCAGAACCUUUAUGCCUUGCGUGAUGGCGUGAACAAGGGAUCGGUUCGCUUUGAGAUGAGAAGUGCUAGUGCGCAGACCGAGGGCAAUGUGCAUGGCUUGCACAGCCACGAGAAGAAGCUAUGCUCUUCUUAA